GUCGGAAGCCGAGGCGGAGGGAGCGAGCGCGAGUCCGUGUCCGGCGCUCGGCGGUGUUCGCGCGCUGGGCUGGCGCGGGUGGCGGGACGGCGGGGCCGCCGGCUCGUCCCCCCUGCCCGGCGCGGUCGGCGGGGCCCUCGGCGGGGGUGGCCGGGGGGCGGGGGAGGAGGUCCCCUCCGCGCAGUUAAAAUGAAACUCUAGUGGCUGGAGCCCGGGCAGAGCGUGAGGGAGCCGGCGCGGUCGGGGUGGCGUCUGCUGCCCGCGCGCAGCCCGGCUGACUGGACUCUCCGGCGGGUCGCCGUCCUGAAGCUGCCGACCGAGCCCGAGUCCCGGUCCCUGAGGCACUCGCUCCCCGCAGACCAGGGGACCCCGAAACUUGAGCGCACCCCCCCUCUGCAAGCCUUUGUCACUCCCCAGCCCUCUCCCAGCGCCUUCUUCUCUGCUCUUCUCUUUCUUUCUUUCUUUUUCCUCCCCUCCAUUCUCUCUCUCCCGAAGGACACAAAAGUGGCUUCCGCUGAAAGCUCAGGCGGCGGCUGGAGCUGGUCCCUCCGGAGAGCGAUUGUGUGGGAGAGGAUUUUCGGGGAGCCGCUUUUUAACACCGCCGCUCUCUGCCUCUCGAGCCUCCCCGUGACCCUCGGAGCGCGAUGUACAAUACGGUGUGGAGUAUGGACCGCGAUGACGCAGACUGGAGGGAGGUGAUGAUGCCCUAUUCGACAGAACUCAUAUUUUAUAUUGAGAUGGAUCCUCCAGCUCUUCCACCAAAGCCACCUAAGCCAUUGACUUCAGCAGUUACAAAUGGAAUGAAGGACAGUUGUAUUUCUCUUCAAGACGCGGAAUGGUACUGGGGAGAUAUUUCCAGGGAAGAGGUAAAUGACAAAUUACGGGACAUGCCAGAUGGCACCUUCUUAGUUCGUGAUGCCUCAACAAAAGCGCAGGGGGACUACACGUUGACCCUGAGGAAAGGAGGAAAUAAUAAACUAAUAAAGAUCUAUCAUCGGGAUGGUAAAUAUGGCUUCUCUGACCCUCUGACAUUUAAUUCUGUGGUGGAGCUCAUUAACCACUAUCACCAUGAAUCUCUUGCUCAGUAUAAUCCCAAACUCGAUGUGAAGCUGAUGUACCCAGUAUCCAGAUACCAACAGGAUCAGUUGGUAAAAGAAGAUAACAUUGAUGCAGUAGGUAAAAACCUGCAAGAGUUCCACUCUCAGUAUCAGGAGAAGAGCAAAGAGUACGAUAGGCUGUAUGAAGAGUACACCAGGACGUCCCAGGAAAUACAGAUGAAGAGGACUGCAAUCGAAGCUUUUAAUGAAACGAUUAAAAUAUUUGAGGAGCAGUGCCAUACCCAAGAACAACACAGUAAAGAAUAUAUUGAGAGAUUUCGCAGAGAGGGGAAUGAAAAGGAGAUUGAACGAAUUAUGAUGAAUUAUGAUAAAUUGAAAUCACGCCUUGGUGAGAUUCAUGAUAGCAAAGUGCGUCUAGAGCAGGACUUGAAGAAACAAGCUUUGGACAACCGGGAAAUAGAUAAGAAAAUGAAUAGCAUCAAACCUGACCUGAUUCAGCUGCGUAGGAUCCGUGAUCAGCACCUUGUGUGGCUCAAUCACAAAGGAGUGAGGCAGAAGCGCCUGAAUGCCUGGCUUGGGAUCAAGAAUGAGGAUGCUGAGGAAAGCUAUUUUAUCAAUGAGGAAGAUGAGAACCUGCCGCAUUAUGAUGAGAAAACCUGGUUUGUGGAGGAUAUCAACCGAGUACAAGCAGAGGACUUGCUCUAUGGGAAACCAGAUGGUGCAUUCUUAAUUCGCGAGAGUAGCAAGAAAGGAUGUUACGCUUGUUCUGUGGUUGCGGACGGGGAAGUGAAGCACUGUGUGAUCUACAGCACUGCUCGAGGAUAUGGCUUUGCAGAACCCUACAACCUGUACAGCUCGCUGAAGGAGCUGGUGCUCCAUUACCAGCAGACAUCCCUGGUCCAGCACAAUGACUCCCUCAAUGUCAGGCUCGCCUACCCUGUCCACGCACAGAUGCCCUCACUCUGCAGAUAAGCGAGGGGAAGAGACAUGCUCUCCAGCAGUUUUUCCUGCGGUUUUUAUUAGACUCUGGUUGAGGGUGUUCUUUCUACGUAGACUGCUUGUUUUGCACAAGUGAUUCUGUGAAUGUGAAAUGGAGAGGCCAAGCAGUAGCUGGCCAGGAUUUGGGGAUAAAUGAGGGGCCCAGGGUCUCUGGACUCAGUUGUGCUGCUGCACUGACAUACUAAGCUGGAAGCAGAUAUUGGUUUCAUGGGCGUUUUGUUUUGUUGUCAGGCACCUUUGAAAGAACAGUUAAACUUGUUUGGGGUGGGGGUGGGGUGGGGAUGGGGCCUUUAUUUGGAAGCCUCUGAAGAGUCCAUGUCCUCUUGUCUUCAUCUCUGAGAAUGGAGCAGGUCAUGGUUCUGUUGGGAGUUGUUUUGCUUUGAUAGUCUCUCCCCCACCAAAUAAGAAGCCAACUCUGGCUUUGUGGUAAAAUGGGGUUUGGUUUGGAGGAAGGGAAAAAAAAAACAACCAAAGGAAAAUAGGGAGGUAUGGGGUUUCAUUUACAGAAUCUAAACUAAGGAGGUGAAAGACUCCUUUAAUUGAUGUUACUUUAAUUGUACCAAUGUAAUUUAGACUUCAGCAUCUUACCAUCUCCUCCCUCUAAAGCACUGUGUUCAUAAACCAACAAAGCAGCAUCACCAGACCAAGGUCUAAGGCAAGAAGGACAUAGUAACUGAAUGUACACUUCUGUAUCAAAACUUGAAAGAAAACUAGAGAUGUGAGUUUCAACAAACACUAAAAUUGGUCAGUGUGUUUCCCUUUGCCCUGGCCUUGUUUCUCAGAGAUAAGGAAUAGAAUUAUUUUGUGUGGAUAGUGAAGUUGGUGCUUAUGUGGUGUUUCUUUAGUCUAAUGAUGUUUGAAACCUUUGUAAGUUGUUUUAUGAGUGAAGAAAAGGUGCAAUCCAGUGCUUUUAGAUGGCUUGAUAUACCAAAUAGAGAACAACAUUGUUGUGUGCUUCCCCAGGUUUAAAAGCCAAAACUAUACAAGGGUCAAUAUGCCUUCAUUUCCCCUGCCUUUUCUGGGUAGGGUUUAGGGAGCCAUAGGUAGCUAGAGGAGGACUCAGUUUAUGGUCAGAGACCUCAGUAAAUCACAGGCACAUGGGCCCUGGUGUCCAGGGUAAAAGGCCCAUCAUAUUACAUGUUAUUUUAUACUGUGGUUGAACUUUUGCCAGAAGAGGGGAUAGCAUUGGAGUUCAGACUAUCUGGGGAAAUAAUCUACAGGCUUUUCUAUUUAUUUGCCUUUUAUUGUGAGCCUUCCAUUAAGGCAGUGGGCAUAGUCUGCCCUCAUGCUUCAGUAACUGUGAUUUUAGGCCAGGAAUCUUCUGCUCCAUGUGGUUUAGACCUUCCAGCUAAGUGAAGUGAGGUAGAGGGCAGACAUCUAUUCCUGGCUUCACACUCUGUUAAAUGAGUCCAGCUGCUCAGAGCCAAUCCUGGAGCCAUAACAGGCUCAGUCUGACUCAGCUGGCUGAGCUCAGUGAAGUGCAGCAGACAUUCUAGUUGGACAAGAUAAGCAGCCUGUACCUGGGUCUUGGCUCAUAGGGCUUAUAAUCAGGGAAGAUUGAGUUUGGGGGCCAAAACAAAGAUGAAUGUGACUUUCCCUGAGCACUUACUCUGGUGACAGUGUCUAGAAUGAGCUGCAGUAUAGAGGUAGAUCAAAAGUUUUAGAAAAUCAUCACAAUGAGGAUAGGAAGGAAAGGGCAUGUUAUUUAUUGUUGGCUUUUCUUUGCUGAUGCUCCAAUAUGGAAUGAGAGGAAAUUGACCUCCCUCAGCCACUGUUGAAUUUUUCAAAAUUACCAGCUUGAAAUCUUGCUCAGUUUACCAAGUAAUGUCAGGCUAUUUGCUGAUUGGCAUACCUAUGUGACUUCACACCUGAUGUUGAAAUUGCUGAAGCCAUUACAUGCUCAAGAUUAGGUGCAAGGAAUCCCUACCAUCUGACACUAAAUUUUUAGUUGGUCCUGAAUGCUUUUUCCCCCCACAAUUAAGUAAAAAUGGAAUAGGAUACACAACUUUAGUGUUGAAUAAUGUCAUUAUUUUAUAGGCAGACAUGGAGGAUGUACAGGAGAAAGCAUCUUAGCAUCUACUCCUAGGCUAGACUGUGGAAAAGUUUUUCAGUCCUUUAUUCCUUUAAGUGAUCACUUUGUGGGGGCUGAGACCCAGGAUCAUUUUAAAAAUUGGAAUUUAUAUUUUUCUGACAAGUUGCCACAUGAUUUACUUGAUCCUGAGCUGUGGAAAUGGCAUAAGGACCAGCCUCCUAACAGUAGCCCAGGUGUCUGAGGGAGUCAACAUGCUGCUAUUUAUUGCUCCAUGGCUCAGAAGCAGGUAUUUUCUUCUUCCCAAGUCUAGCUCAAUGUUUUGUCCCAUAAUCUGGGUCCUGGCAUUGUCUCUUUUGAUAUCUUAACUGUAGUCUCAUUGACCGAAGAAGAGGUAAAGAUACACGGCUUUUUUUUUUUUUUUUUUUUUUUAAUAACAAAACAGUGCUGUUUCUACCUGGCAUAGUUGAAGCAUAGGUAGGUUAUCUAUGUUCUUGUCACUGUUCCAGCCAUGGAUGAAGACAUCCUAUAGCUUCACUCCUAAUACAUAGGAUCUCCACAUUUACUUCAUACUCCUUAAGCCAGUGUGACGUCUUCCCUGGCUCCUUGGUGCAAGGUACCAGCUCCAUGCAUUCUUCUGAGCUAAAAAAAUAAAGAUAAAAAACGUAUCUGAGCAAUUCCUUUUUUCUAGGAUGAUGUCUGCUGCUAGUUAGGACACCAGAGUAGAUCUCUGUGAGGUUUCCAUGGCACUAUAAAACAGAGGGUCCAUGUGUGGUCCUUUGCUGCCAAUGCUCAGUCUCUACUUACUUAGCUCUAGCCAUUUGUGACAGCCAGCCUUGUUUCCUUACAAAUCCUCGCAUGUAACUUUGGUACCCUGUUGUUUCUUGUGAAGAAUCUAUUCUGUUGUCUUUGAUGUAAUAAAAAAAAAAUUCAUGUAGUUUAUGUAAAAAUAACUCAGAAGGAAGCCAAUUGUAUCUUGUGUUGGGACAAUUCAUAAUGUAGUUCCUAGACCACUUUUGCAAAUUGUUCUUGUCACCAAAUGUGUUUGGACAUUGCUGUGCAUUUGUGGGGACGGGGUGGGGGAAAGGUAAGGUGGUAAGGUGAGCACAUUGUUGGGUUUUUUUGUUUUUUUUUUAAACCUUCUCCAAGACUUCUGGAUGGUCUGGCUGACUUCCAGAUGCAAUAAAGACACGGCAGUGAA